UGCUCAAGCUUCCCAGCCUUAGAUUAUACCAAUAUUUAUCGCCUAAACUUAUCGAAAAAACUCAUAUUAGCUCUGCAUUGAACUUCUCCUCUGCAUCCAAUAGUCCCUAAAUAAGAGUGGACAGAGAUGCUUAUUAGGCAGCAGAAAUGAUCAUGCCUAAUCUUGGUCUCCCGCGUGGUCAGCUUCUUAUUUUUCUUCUUCAGUUAACUAGUUUAAGCGUUCUUCAAGUCUAUGGCAUAGGUAUAAAUUACAGCAGAGAUGAUUUUCCUGCUGAUUUUGUGUUUGGUUCUGGAACUUCAGCUUAUCAGUGUAAGCACAUAAUCUGAAGGUGUAUUUGAAAUCAUGGUUGAGUAAAUUUAAGGUCGAAGGAGCACCGUUUGAAGAUGGGAAAACUCCUAGCACUUGGGACAUCUUCACUCAUGAUGGUUAUGUCAAUAAUGGGGAAACUGGAGACAUAGCAUGUGAUGGAUACCACAAGUACAAGGAGGAUGUCAAACUCAUGGCUGACACGGGCUUGGAGGCCUACAGAUUCUCCAUAUCAUGGACAAGACUAAUUCCUAAUGGGAGAGGCCCUAUCAAUCCCAAGGGCUUGCAAUUCUACAAUAAUCUUAUAAAUGAACUUAUUACCUGGGGAAUACAGCCACACGUUACUUUAUUCCAUGGCGAUCUGCCACAAUCACUUGAAGAUGAAUAUGGAGGAUGGCUUGACAAGAAAAUAUUGAAGGAUUUUGUUGUAUAUGCUGAUGCAUGUUUUAGAGAAUUUGGUGACAGAGUUAUGCAUUGGACUACCUUCAAUGAGAUAAAUAUGUUGCCGAUGCUAGGUUAUGAUGCAGGGAUGAUGCCUCCAAGGCGCUGUUCUUCUUUUUAUGGAAUGAAUUGUACACAAGGGGCCUUAGAUGAACCAUACAGGGUCGCUCAUAAUACCUUGUUAGCACAUGCAUCAGCUGCAAAACUUUACAAGCAAAAGUACAAGCCAGUACAGCAUGGUUUUAUUGGACUUAAUGUCUUGGCAUUUUGGUUUAGUCCUUACACGAUCACAACAGAAGACUUACUUGCCACUCAACGAGCCAAUGAUUUCUAUGUCGGUUGGUUUGUGAAUCCCUUGGUGAAAGGCGACUAUCCGGAUGUGAUCAAGAAAAAUGCAGGUAAAAAGAUUCCAUCCUUCACAAAAACAGAAUCUCUACGGCUGAAGGGUUCAUUCGAUUUUCUGGGAGUGAACCACUAUGCAUCAGGAUAUGUUAAGGACCAAACCAUCAACCCCGCAGUAGAAACCAGGGAUUUGAUGGCUGAUAUGGCAGUAGAACUAACACUGGGAGCAGACGGUAUGGAACAAUAUCAGGGCCUUACACACGUUCUCGAGUACUUCAAAGAUGUCUAUGGCAAUCCUCCUGUCUACAUCCAUGAAAACGGUUUAAGGACAGUUCGGAAUGGAAGUAUGUCUGAAGAACUGAACGAUGCAGCCCGAGUGAAGUACAUGCGAGGGUUUAUUGGCAGUGUGCUAGAUGCACUCAGGAAUGGAGCCAAUACAAAGGGGUAUUUUACGUGGUCAUUCUUAGACGUGUUUGAGCUCCUAGGCGGAUAUGAUUCAGCCUACGGCCUGCACUAUGUUGAUUUAAACGAUAAGGAUUUGAAGAGAUAUCCGAAGAGCUCAGCCACCUGGUACUCCAGUUUCUUGAAGAAGAGAGGCAUUCAAAGUGUAGGGCAGGGCAAGGACAGUGUAUCUGAACUCUUCCAUUCUCACCUUUAGCAUAUGAGAAAAUGGUAGAUUAUCCUUAGACGAGUCUCCCAGUUCAUGUGUCACAUGAAUAUCUAAGUUCUAUGUGUAUCAUUCUACUUUUAUACUUCAAGGAAGAAAUUUGAUAUUGUGUUUGUCAUUA